UGGUGUGUGUCAGAAACAGUAGUAGAGACUGCAGAUUGGUAACCAGGUGUGGGAAAAAGAGAAAACCAUGGAGAGCUGUGAUUGCACAUGUACGUUUGUGAAGCCAUGGGUUGAGAGAAUGGAAGUUGUAACCACAAACUUGUUAUUGUGUCUGUGUGAGAAAUUGUGGCUGGGUGGCAGAAAACCACUGUAAGAGUGAAUGAGUGAUUAAGGGACUGUACCAUAAACUGGUGGUGUAUGUGAAAUACCAUUUAUGAGAAGGAAGUGGGUGCUGCGCCUCAGUCACUGUUGGACAGGCUGAUGGUGAGCAAGAGAGACUGAGCAACCAAAACAACGUGUGAGCGCCUGUAUGGGCACGAACGUGCAGCAGAGAUCGUCAGGGACUGCGCGGAGGGCUGCAGGGGUACAGUACUCAACAUGCCCACCAGAGCACAGACCGGUCGGUUACUGCUGCUGCCACUGCAACUGCUACUGCUCACCCUGCCAGCCACAGGCUCAGACCCUGUACACUGCUUCACCCAGUAUGAGGACUCCACGGGCAAGUGCAAGGGCCUCCUUGGGGGAGGUGUCAGCGCGGAAGACUGCUGUCUCAAUGCUGACUACGCCUUCCAGGAGGCCAACAGCAAGUUCUGUAUGCCGUGCAGGCUGCCACAAUGGUCGCCGUGGUCUGAGUGGGCCCCCUGCUCAGUCACCUGCACUGAGGGCUCUCAGCUGCGGCACCGGCGCUGCGUAGGCUGGGACGGGCAAUGCCCUGAGAAGGUGGCACCUGGGACCCUCCAGUGGCAGCUGCAGGCCUGUGAAGACAAGCUGUGCUGUCCUGAGAUGGGCGGCUGGUCCAACUGGGGGCCCUGGUCAACUUGCUCUGUCACCUGCUCUAAAGGGGUCCAGGUUCGCCGUCGAGCAUGUGAUCGCCCCACCCCCAAGUGUGGGGGCCACUGCCCGGGAGAGGCACAGGAGUCAGAGCCCUGUGACACCAAACAGGUCUGCCCCACACAUGGGGCCUGGGCUACUUGGGGCCCCUGGGGCCCCUGCUCAGGCACCUGCAACGGUGGACCCAAAGCACCUAUGGAGAAACGAAGCCGCACGUGCUCUGCACCUGAGCCCUCCACGAAGCCUCCCGGGAAGCCCUGCCCAGGUUCAGCCUCUGAGCAGCGGGUCUGCUCUGGCCUGCCACCCUGCCCAGUGGCUGGUGGCUGGGGGCCAUGGGGUGCUGUGAGCCCCUGCCCUGUGACCUGCGGCCUGGGUCAGACCCAGGAACAACGGACAUGUGAUCACCCUGUGCCCAAGUAUGGGGGCCCCUCCUGUGUCGGUGAUGCCACCCGGACCCACAUCUGCAACACAGCUGUGCACUGCCCUGUAAAUGGAGAGUGGGGGCUCUGGGGGGAGUGGAGCACCUGUGUCCGCCGGAGCAUAAAACACAUCAGCUGCCAGGAGAUCCCAGGCCAGCAGACUCGCUCCAGGAGCUGCAAGGGCCGUAAGUUUGACGGACAACGAUGUGUCGGGGAACAACAGGAUAUCCGGCACUGCUACAACAUCCAGCGCUGCCUCUGGAAAGGCUCCUGGUUGGAGUGGAGUGCUUGGGGGCUGUGCAUGCCCCCGUGUGGACCCAACCCUGUCCGCACCCGCCAGCGCCUCUGCAAGGCCACGCUCCCCAAUUUCUCGCCCACCGUUACCAUGGUCGAAGGUCAGGGUGAGAAGAAUGUGACCUUCUGGGGGAAACCGUCGGCACUGUGCGAUGCGCUGCAGGGACAGAAGGUGGUGGUGGAGGAGAAACGGCCAUGUCUACACGUGCCUGCCUGCAAAGAACCCUGAGAAUGAGAAGCUCUAAAAAUCUCUCUCUUCCACUCUGACCCCCUGACGUCUCAGACUUCAAUAAACCAGCUUCUUCCCCA